AUGUGCUGGACCAUCAUUUUGAUCUUGCUUGAAUACAUUGUCAAUAGCGACCGGUUUCUUCGAGCGGAUACGGCAGCUAAGAGGGUCCUGGACUCGGAAGACGAAGAGAGAGGAAUCGCGGAUCUUGCCAAAAAGCUUGGCACAGGUGCGAAGGCCUGGAUGAAAGACGCCCGCCUAAAGUCCACCAUAUACUGGAAAACCAACGCUGCAGGCCCGGAUAAAGCUGUGUGGUGA